AUGUUCCAGCACGGCUAUCUUGGUAUUGAAUACCCUCACUCGGGCACGAUUGAUCAGGAUAUCAUCACCUCGAGAAAGGCCCUUCAAUCUACUGCUCGAGCAAUCAGUGCUGAGUCUAGCUCUCGUCUGGCUAGCAUGGCCCAACACUCUCCAGAAUAUGAGCUUCCCCGGAGCGCCUUGAUAAGUGCUGCUGGCCUGCCAAGCUCAGCAUACAUUUAUUCAAAUACCCCCUUCCCUUAUCAACAGACCACCUAUCAGCCGGCUGCUACAACGACAUCCACGGCCUCAUAUCUCCCAAAAUACCAACAGACACAAUACACGUCGGAGCAGUCCACCCCCUCAGAUUACCUGUACUCAUCCAUGGACCAAGCAUUACCAGCCUACGGUCAAUACCAAAUGUCCCAGGACGGCUAUUAUGACCUAUCUUCUACAAUGUCCAUGAUCUAUGCUCAGCAACAAGACAUAGACAUGACCUCAUCCACAUACGACGCCACACCUUUGUCACACGCCCACCUUUCGCUACCAGCCAUGGAAAGCAAUACUGCCUUCUCGACACCGGACAUGCCGUCCAACCAGCAGUUUCCAGAACCAAAAACACCGCCACCUCCAACUUCAUCGACUUCUUCAUGCGAGAGCGUCCGGGACGAAGAGGAUCUAGUCGGUGUUGGGCUUUAUGACGAACCACUAUCCACUUACUGGGACGAAUCAUUAUCCAGCUCCGUCGACCCAAUCUUGUACCCACAUCCUAUUAUGCGCAAAGGUCUAAAGUUGGAAGAAACCCUCGACCCAUCAACCUUGAAUUGCAGUGAUAUGGAUGCAGACGGUGAUGACGACGAAGAGCAGGCUGGACAACCAGCCAAAAGCACUGACACGACCUCAAAACAUAACGAAUUGAAUAACGCAGGUGGUUUGAACACCUCGGGUGAUGGUCACUUGUUCCCGGUGGAUGAGGACACUUCAUAUAAUGCCCACAUAAACUGGACGGCAGCGCCGGCAGUCAUGCUUAACAGUUUUGUUGCGUUUCCUGGAUCGUACCAAAAUGAUUAUGCCUCUUACUGA